AUGGACAAGAGUUGGAGCCGCUAGAGGAGGGGCGGGGCCCGAGGGGCGGGACCUCGGGUGGCCCGAGGUGGCCCGGUUGCUGGGUGCGAAGCAGCGCAGUCCGAUUCAUCCCGGCCCGGGGAUGGCGUCCCCACGGGAAUUAACCCAGAAUCCCCUGAAGAAGAUCUGGAUGCCAUACAGCAAUGGGCGGCCCGCUCUGCACGCCAGCCAGCGCGGUGUGUGCAUGACCAACUGCCCGACACUCAUCGUCAUGGCGGGCCUGCCAGCCAGGGGCAAGACCUACAUUUCUAAGAAGCUGACCCGGUACCUCAACUGGAUUGGUGUGCCUACUCGGGAAUUCAACGUGGGCCAGUAUCGCCGGGACAUGGUCAAGACGUACAAAUCUUUCGAGUUUUUCCUCCCAGACAAUGAAGAGGGUCUGAAAAUCAGGAAGCAGUGUGCCCUGGCAGCUCUCUCUGAUGUCCGGAAGUUCCUCAGUGAGGAGGGGGGACACGUGGCGGUUUUUGAUGCAACCAAUACCACCCGAGAACGGAGAGCGAUGGUCCUUAACUUUGGGGAACAGAACGGCUACAAGACCUUCUUCGUUGAAUCUAUCUGUGUGGAUCCUGAGGUCAUAGCCGCCAACAUCGUGCAAGUGAAACUGGGCAGUCCUGACUAUGUCAACCGGGACAGCGAUGAGGACGAGGACUUCAUGAGACGCAUUGAAUGCUAUGAGAACUCAUAUGAGUCGCUGGAUGAAGACCUGGACAGGGAUCUGUCCUACAUCAAGAUCAUGGACGUGGGCCAGAGCUACGUGGUGAACCGUGUAGCUGACCACAUCCAGAGCCGCAUCGUUUAUUACCUCAUGAACAUCCAUGUGACACCCCGCUCCAUCUACCUCUGCCGGCAUGGGGAGAGUGAACUCAACCUCAAGGGUCGGAUUGGUGGGGAUCCUGGACUGUCUCCCCGGGGCAGAGAGUUUGCCAAACAUCUGGCUCAGUUCAUCAGUGACCAGAACAUCAAGGACCUGAAGGUCUGGACGAGCCAGAUGAAGAGGACGAUCCAGACGGCAGAGGCGCUGAGUGUGCCUUAUGAGCAGUGGAAGGUCCUCAAUGAGAUCGACGCGGGUGUCUGUGAGGAAAUGACCUACGAAGAAAUCCAGGACCACUAUCCACUGGAGUUUGCCCUGAGAGAUCAGGACAAGUACCGGUACCGAUACCCGAAGGGCGAGUCCUAUGAAGACCUGGUGCAGAGACUGGAGCCUGUCAUCAUGGAACUGGAGAGGCAGGAGAACGUGCUGGUCAUUUGCCACCAGGCUGUGAUGCGCUGCCUUCUGGCCUAUUUCCUUGACAAGGCAGCUGAGGAGCUGCCCUACCUCAAAUGUCCCUUGCACACAGUCCUGAAGCUCACACCCGUGGCUUACGGUUGUAAAGUGGAAUCCAUAUUCCUGAAUGUGGCAGCUGUGAACACGCACCGAGACAGGCCUCAGAAUGUAGACAUAUCCAGGCCUUCAGAGGAAGCCCUUGUCACAGUUCCUGCUCACCAAUGACCACGUCUCCUCCAAGCCCCUUGGGCGGGCCCUGACUUCCGCCACAGAGGAGGUCCCUCCAGGCCUCCUUGGUGUUGACGGUACUGAUGAUGUCGCCAUGCAGGAACACUCCUGAAGCCAUGGGCAGCUAGCAACACUCAGAACCCUCAACCUAGCCCGCCUGCCCCCUUGUUGACCCGUGACAGGGGUGACAGGGGUGGGUAUGGCUGCUGACCUGCUGCCGAGUCCCCUGCUGCUGGCCCCUCUGUACAGCCCUCAGAGCAGCCCACUCACCAGGCUGGCUGCUCCGUGAACUUAAACAUGACACCGAGAUGAAAAGUCUCACUAGGACGUCCCCACUGCGGCCCAGCUGCCUGAAAGGGGCCGUGGCCCCUAGAGAGCUCCACUGUAACCUUCUCUGUAGCUUCUCUUGAAGCCGGAGGCCAGAUCUUCGUGGGACCUUAUGCUGCCUCAGGUGAGGGGAAGCCUUUCCUUCCCUGCCUGGAACAGAAGAGUGCAACAGGAGAGCAGUCACCCGUGUUUGUGGGUGUUCUCCUUGGCGUUGAACCCUGGAUAAGCAGGAGGACAGCAUGUGUGGCUCCCCUCCUAAUGUCUACCAAGCUGUACACUGAACGAUGGGAUCUCGGCAACUCAGGCUGCCUCGUCCUGAACUCCCCCACGGGGGACCGUGUCAUGGCAGGACAGCUGCCUGAAGUACCUUCUGGGUGCAGACACCAAAGUGCUCGUGGAAGCUGGUCCCCCCACCUGGCUGACGCUGUCAUGUCUACACAGGACUGAACACUGGUGACCGGGACAUGCCUGUCAGAAAUGGCUCAGAACCGGCAGUCCUGUCAGAUUGUCUUGUCUGUUGACCUCCACCCGUAGGACGGAGGAAGGAGAGGACAAAACACAGAGGCAGCCCCAGCCAAGGGGGACGUCCCCAGCCCACUCCAGUUUUGGUUCAGAGACAACUUAAGCCUAGUGAAAACAGCCUUAUGAAGCCUGGUGCCUCUCAUGCCCUGAGUUCUUGUGGUAGCAAAGUCAGGCUCCAUGUUUUAGCUGAUCACCAGAGUGACAAGCAGGCUAUGAAGCAGGCCAAGAAACGGUCUCUCGCUGUUAUCAGUGCUCUGCUGUCCACAGAGUAGCCAUGGGGAAGCCAGGCCCAAAUCUGGCAAAGCAGUCUGCCUUUGCCAGCUGGGCCAGCCCUGGGCUCUGUAGCUUGAAGAUGCCAUCUGCCUCCGAGAAGUCAUUAUCCCCAGCCAGUAUCUCCUCGGCAGCUGUGGACAGACUGCUGUCCCUCUGGGGCUAGGACUGGGGCCUGACUCUCCUGGACUCAUCAGCCCUCCAAGCCCUAGCUUGGAGCUAGAGGACCAUACCUCUGCCUUUGGGAUGUGGGGCCCGCAACUUUUGCUCCCCUGUCUCAGAAUUUGAGUGAUGUUGGUCCUGUUAUCUCGACACACUCGUUAGCCACAGCAGAUCCUGUGGUCAGCAGCUGUGAAUACAUAGCUGGAUGCUACUUGAGGCAUAGACCACCAAAGCCUUUUUCCUCUGCGCCCAGGGAAGACAGGAAUUGCUGGACUCAGAGGUCUAAGAGCCUAGGUGGGGUUGGGGCAGAAGGACGUCAGCGGAGCAGGGCAUGUUCUAGAACAGUCCCUCCCUCAAGCACUUGGAAGUGGCCACUGCAAGGCAGCUGCGUGCAGGCUGGCCACCAGCUUUUAGCUGAGAUAGUUUAUGGGCAGAAUUGCCGACAUUGUCCUGUUUUCCCUAGAAUGUGUGGUUUUGGAUUUCAGUUGUGCAUUGCACUGUGUCCAGCAUUCUUUGCAAUAAAUACUUU